AUGGCAGCAGCAGCAGCAGCAGCAGCAGCAGCAGCAGCAGCAGCAGCAACUGCAACUGCAGCAGGAGCUGCAGCAGCAACUGCAGCACCAACAGCAGCGACCGCAGCAACAGUAACUGCAGCAGCAGCAGCAGAGAUUGUAGCAGCAGCAGCGUCAGCAAUUGAAACAGGAACAGCAGCAUCAGCAGCCGCAUCAGCUGCAGCAGCUGCAGCAGCACCAACAGCAGCAGUAGCAGCAGCAGCAGCAACAGCACCAGCCGCAGCAGCAGCAGCAGCUGCAGCAGCAACAGCAGCAGCAGCAGCAGCAGCAGCAGCAAUAGGCCUCCGCAUAGCCCCGUUGAAGGCCCUAUUUAUAUGUGAGCUCCGCACAACAGCAGCAGCAGCAACAGCAGCUGCAGCAGCAGCAACAGCAGCUGCAGCACCGGCAACAGCGGCUGCAGCAGCAGCAACAGCAGCUGCAGCAGCAGGAUUAGCGACAGCAUCAUCAUUAGUGAGCAACAACAGCAGCAGCUGCAGCAGCAGCAACAGCAGCAGCUGCGGCAGCAGCAGCAGCAGCAACAGCAGCAGCAGCAGCAGCAGCAGCAGCAAGAACAGCAGGUAUAAAGAAAAUGCAAACAGCAGCACAGGCUGCUGCUCCCAGCAUGGAGCAGCUGGGUCGUUGCUGCGGCCCUUCCUCAUCGCCAGCAGCAGCAGCAACAGCAGCAACAGCAGCAGCAGCAGCAGCAGCAGCAGCAGCAGCAGCAGAACCAUCUGCUUCUCUUAA